UUAUUCACUUGAUUCUUUUAGACGAUGGUUUAUGAAUUUACGUUUACGUUACUAUAUGAUUUAUUUUUACAAUUUGGUUCACAAAUGUUAUUUUUUGCAUUUGGAUGGGUUUAUUUAGUAAAGAAACUAUUUAAAGACUAUGAAUCGUCUAUUGACCGACAUGACGUCCAAUUCGUUCAAGCAAUAUUUUCACUUACUUUCAGCACAAGCUGUGCUUUGUUCGAAUUGAUCAUUUUUGAGAUCAUGGACGUCAUGCAUAAAGAUUCACGAUAUAUAUGUUGGAAAAUAACCCUCUACGUGUCACUUUUCCUCGUAAUAAUAUUGAUUCCAGCUUAUCAAUUAUAUCUUUUAAUAACAAAUAUACAAGAAAGUUUACCCAAAAGAUAUUCUAUAAUCAUCGCACUUUUAUGUUGGUUAAUAUAUUUUUAUGGUUUUUGGAAAGUUGGAGAUUUUUUUCCAAUUAAAAAUACCGAAAAAAAAUCUAUACCCGAUGAUACAUUGAUACAAUUUGGAAUGAGUCGCGUGGGAGUACUUGGAGUUACUAUAAUGGCAAUAUUAUCAGGAUUUGGGGCAGUAAACAGUCCUUAUGCAACAUUAUUUUUCUUCUUGAGACAAGUUAAGGAUACAGAUAUUCAAGCAGCCGAAAAAAAAUACCUUCAAACUUUGGAUAUAAUAUUAAAUAAGAAGAGAAGAAUAAUAAUUUCACAGCAACAAAGAACUACAAACGAGCAAAAUUCAAGAGUUGGUGGAUUUGUGCGAAGAAUGUUUAAUACAAUGGCGAAUGGGAUCGGGAUUAGUAGUGAAAAUAUUAGCGUUUUAAGACAAGAAAUAACAGGACUUGAAAAUUUUGGACGACAAUUAUUUUUAGAUAUCGAAGAUUUAUACCAAGAGAGAGAUCGAAUACUUUAUUCUAAAACAUGGCAAGGAAAAUAUUAUAAUUUUAUGGGUUAUAAUUUUUCAAUUUAUUGCAUUUACAAAAUCGUAAUGGCAAUUGUCAAUAUUAUUCUUUCGCGUGUGGGAAAAACUGACCCAAUUACUUACGGGUUAACAUUAGCAAUUGCUUAUUUUAACAUAAAAGAAAUUGAUAUUGAUUUCUGGUAUCAACAAUUAAGUUUUUUCACAGUUGGAAUAAUGAUAUUUUUUUCUAUUCGAGGAUUAUUAAUUCAAUUCCUAAAAUUUUUUAGAGCAGUAUCAAACCCCGUAUCGAGAAACAAUAUUGUGUUAUUUCUUGCACACAUAAUGGGAAUGUAUUUUCUUAGUUCAGUUUUAAUGUUGAGAAUGUCAUUACCAGAAGUAUAUAGGAAUAAAAUUACGAUUCUUUUCAAAUCGAUUGAUAUUGCAUUUUAUCACAGAUGGUUUGAUGUAAUAUUUCUUGUUAGUGGAAUAGCAAGUAUGGUUUUCAUAUAUUUUGUACAUCAAGCAAACAAUAGCAAUGUUAUGUUAUCUACCGCAAUGACUCCUUCUGGAACACCAAAUGGAAGUUUACCAAUAACUUCACCUAUUUCACCUGGAGAUGUGAGUGGUAUAGGCGGUGGUAGUUUAAGCGGAAGUGGAUCUAGCAGAUGGACUUCAAAUAAUAAUAAUUUAUAUUACAGAAGUUAAUCGUUUAUUAUAUAUAAUACUUUAAUAAUUAAAAAAUCACAAUAGAAUUAAUUUAAUAAAGGUUCAAACAUUC